GCUCAUCUAAAUUUGCUUUGACAGCCGAGAGAAGUCUUCGGCUUAAGAUGCACGUGCUACUCUUGUUGGACGAAGGUUACUUCGAAUCCAGUCGAAUCCUCGUCUUCAUGGGUCAUUGUCUUGAGUUCUACAGGAUCACCACGCAAGCGCCCAGUCCAGGUCUCGCAAUACAUGGAGAGCUUCAUCGAGUGGAGAGCCUCAUCUCGAUGAAUCCUUCAGUAUGGACCCGCUUCAUUCCAACCAACAAGGUUUCAGUCACAAUGAAAGAGAAGUACUUGACGUGUUAUUCUCUCACUGAGCAGCCCAUCGGCUCCCUUCCUGCCACUCUACACUGCUGUCACGUAUUGGCGAUGCCUAGUCUGCCGGAUAUCGGAACUACCUACGAGGCUUCUCCAGCUCUGAGGCUAUGUCCGGAGCAGAGCGGAGUGGUGUGCUUGUCGACGUGCGCGUCCACCAUUGGUGACUCCGGUUCAUGCGAGACAGGAAACUUGGUGUGAAGGCAGCAAUGUGCACCCACUGGCACCUCCUGCACGGAGGACCUGUAUCCAAGUCGCCGGUAUAGGUGAUGUGAUGCUACACUGCAUGAAUCCUAGACCAGUAACCAAAGAUGUGACAGCA